GCAGUCACGCUGGGGCCCCAGUCCCUUCGCGGCCCCCGUGUCAGUCCCCUGCAGGGUGAGGACCGGGGCGACAGAGAACCCGGGUCACCCUGCCGCACAGUGCGCGAGCGCAGGAGGGUCGUGUGGGAAGACUUUUUCUGUCCUUUUUUCCCUCCACUCCGGAAACAAAAGGGGCAAAAUGCGCCGGGCGGCUCCAGAGAGGCUCAGUUUGAAAUCCAGGAAGCCCGCGAGGCCGCGCGCGCCGGAUAGCUGGUGUUUGGCUGGAGCUGUGGGCCGGGCGGGCGGACCCUUCUGCACUACGACCCGAGCCACGGCUCCUGCCAGCCCGGGAGGCGCCUGCAGUCUGUUCCGGGUUGGUGCCGCAUGGUGCUCGUUGUUGGGAAUCUCCGCUACCUGUCUGGGAGGGAGGAGAGUGGGGGUCAGAAGCGGGGAGCGGUAAACCCAGAGGCACCCGGCUGCCUCGACCUCGUCCACUCCUGAAGUCGGUUUGGUUCUUCGCACCCCCACACCCAGCCCUUUGGUUUGGAAAGCCAGGAUAAGGCGUGCAAGCUUAAACUUUUAAGGCGUUAUUUAAAUAGCUACUGACUCUUUGGGGCGCCUUUGGAACACAAAAGGAAGAACAGAGGGGGAAAUGGAAUGGUUGGAGGCUGGAGAGGUGUGGCUUUUGGGGAGGGUGGUGUUGGCGGCCGCGAAAGAGUUUGAUCCUCGAGGUCACUCGCUAAUCUGUUGGCAGAUGUAGGUGCCUGUCCCUUGCUCUGGGGCACCCAGCAGGAGACCCACACUGCAUUCACCUUACAGGAAAACCUGGACUGGGGGUUCCCAGAGUCUCCCCAGCCGUGCCUCUGCACGCAGCCCAGUCACAUGGCCCUUGCUCAAGAAAUAAUAAGCAGGGAGGGUAAUGACAGUCCGGAGCUGGGGAGGGGCUCCCCGCUGAGUACAUCGGCCGCCUAGCCUUAAGCAAUGUGGCUUUCCGGGCCCCCUUUGUUGGACAAGGAUGAGAUCCUGAGUGAUUAAGCCCCAACUGUUCUCCUAGGAGGAAACCUAGGGAGUGAGAACCAAAAGUGUACAUUUAUCUCUCUGUUAUUCAUCUCUCCCCUGUGGUUCCGGGCUGGUCCCCUGGAUGCUAUGACCUCACCUCCCCUUUGUCCCCCACUCCUUCCCCACUCCCCUGCUCUCCCCCACUCCCUUCCUGGAAGAUGGGGCAACCCAUUGGCUCCCUGGGUAAUCAGCCCUGGGGAUGGGGCAGGGAGUUGGGGGAAGAGGUACCCCCAGGCCAAGUCCUAGCUGCUGAGGGAGUGAUUGGUUGAAGAGCUGCUUUGGGGGCUUUUCUACUGCCUUUUAUUAGAAGUGACAUGGCAGGGAAAGUGGAAAGAGCACUGGCCUGGUAGUCCAGCACGGGUUUAUGCCUGGACUCUUUCAGUUUUAGUUUUAGACCUGGCUCUUCUGCAUAGCAUGGAAGAUUGAUAGAGUUGACUGGCAGUCACUUGGGCUGGAAGGCCCCUUGGAUUAGCCUACUCCAUUUAUUCGUGAAGGCAGCAGAGCCCAGAGGGGUGAGGUGAUUUCAGCCUGGGACCCUAUUGGCCAAGUAGAAACCAGAGCUCCGUUGUCCUCAUCGUCUGAUCUGUGUUUUUUCCAACGUGAUCUGGCUAAUUCACUUAUCUUUUCUGACUCAGUUUCCACAUGAAUAAAGUGGGAUUACUUGCCUGCUCUUCCUCAUAGGAGCUGUGGUGAGGAUCAAAGGAAGCCUCAUUUGUGGAAAGUGCUCCAUAAACUUAUGUUAAAACUAAAGGGCUCACAGUGGAUGGAGAGGGAGUCUCCUAGGGGUUUUACAAUUUGCUGGCUAUGUCCCACGUGUGUGCCACAAGGAGCUGUUAGACACCAGGAGCCAUUAGUGGAUGUUUAAAACACCCUGGUCUUAAUAUCUCAGCUCCAGAGUAAACAUUUGCCUUACCAAAUCCGCAGCUAUCCCAGGGUCACUGUUUAUGCCGGAAGAGGCCAAAGGCCACGGCCAGCGGGAUGACCAGGGCCGGAGGGGGAAGGCGCCUGUGCUGCAGAGAAUCUCCCUGGGGUGCCCUCCCCAGGCAGCAAUGCCAGGAUGCCCGUGUCCACCUCCCUUCACCAGGGUGGCAGCCAGGAGCGGCCGGUGAGCCUGACCUCUACCACCUCCUCGUCGGGCUCCUCCCGUGACAGUCGCAGUGCCAUGGAGGAGCCCAGCGGCUCCGAGGCUCCUGCUGAGAAUGGGGCAGGCUCCCCAAGAGACCGGCAUCUCCCCAAUAGCAACAACAACUCCAGCAGCUGGUUGAACGUGAAGGGGCCCCUCUCCCCAUUCAACAGCCGGGCGGCGGCAGGGUCUGCGCACCACAAGCUCAGCUACCUGGGCCGAGUGGUGCGGGAGAUCGUGGAGACGGAGCGCAUGUAUGUGCAGGACCUGCGCAGCAUCGUGGAGGACUACCUCUUGAAGAUCAUCGACACGCCCGGGCUGCUGAAGCCAGAACAGGUCAGCGCCCUCUUUGGGAACAUAGAAAACAUCUACGCACUGAACAGCCAGCUCCUCAGAGACCUGGACAGCUGCAAUUGUGACCCCGUGGCUGUGGCCAGCUGCUUUGUGGAAAGGAGCCAAGAGUUUGAUAUCUACACCCAGUAUUGCAACAAUUACCCCAACUCCGUGGCCGCCCUGACGGAAUGCAUGAGGGACAAGCAGCAGGCCAAGUUCUUUCGGGACCGGCAGGAGCUGCUGCAGCACUCACUGCCCUUGGGCUCCUACCUGCUGAAGCCGGUCCAGCGCAUCCUCAAGUACCACCUGCUGCUGCAGGAAAUUGCCAAGCAUUUUGAUGAAGAAGAGGAUGGCUUUGAGGUGGUGGAGGAUGCCAUUGACACCAUGACCUGUGUGGCCUGGUACAUCAACGACAUGAAAAGGAGGCAUGAGCAUGCAGUCCGGCUCCAGGAGAUUCAGUCACUCCUCAUCAACUGGAAGGGGCCCGACCUGACCACCUACGGGGAGCUUGUCCUGGAGGGCACGUUCCGCGUGCAUCGCGUGCGCAAUGAAAGGACCUUUUUCCUCUUUGACAAAACACUGCUUAUCACCAAGAAGCGGGGCGAUCACUUUGUCUACAAGGGCAACAUCCCGUGCUCCUCCCUGAUGCUGAUCGAAAGCACCAGAGACUCCCUGUGCUUCACUGUCACCCACUACAAGCACAGCAAGCAGCAGUACAGCAUCCAGGCCAAGACGGUGGAGGAGAAACGGAACUGGACUCACCACAUCAAGAGGCUCAUCCUAGAGAACCACCAUGCCACCAUUCCCCAGAAGGCCAAGGAAGCCAUCUUGGAAAUGGAUUCCUAUUAUCCCAAUCGGUACCGCUAUAGCCCAGAGCGGCUGAAGAAGGCUUGGUCCUCCCAGGAUGAGGUGUCCACCCAUGUGCGCCAGGGGCGCCGGCAGUCUGAGCCUGGUCACUCUCCGUACAGCCGGGCAACUCUCCCCAGCGGGCAGCGAGGCUUCAUGGUGCCAGGCCUUAAGGGCCGUAGAAAGUCGGAGCCAACCAAACACCUGCUCAGGCAACUCAGCGAGAAAGCCCGAGCAGCAGGAAUGAAGCAUGCAGGCAGUGCUGGCACCCUCCUGGACUUUGGGCAGCCCUCUCGUGCUCGGGGCCUGCAGCCAGAGGCUGAAGGGGCUGCCCAGGAGGAGGAAGAGGAAGAGGAGGAGGAGGUGGUGGAGGAGGAGGAGGAGGAGGAAGAGCAGGCCUUUCAGGUCUCUCUGGAGGACCUGACAGGGCAUGAAGGCAACGAGAAAGGGGCUGGGCCGAAGCCCCCAGGCUCAGAGGAGGAGGAGGAGGAGCAGGAGGAGAGCCUGGCGGUGGCGGAGCAGGUAGCUGACUUUGCCAGCUCCCUGCUGGCCGCCCUCCACUGCUGGCACUAUCGGGCCAACGCUUUACUUUUCUCCCGGGGCGCUAUGGGAAAGGGGCGCAGGGAGUCUGAAGGCUCCAGGAGCAGCAGAAGGCCCAGUGGUCGGUCUCCAACCAGUGCUGAGAAGCGCAUGAGCUUCGAGUCCGUUUCUUCCCUGCCAGAGGUUGAGCCGGACCCUGAGGCUGGGAGUGAGCAAGAGGUAUUUGCUGCUGUGGAAGGGCCCAGUGCCGAGGAGAUGCCCUCAGACACAGAAUCUGCAGAAGUCCUGGAGACACCGCUUGACGCCCGCCAGGGGCUUCUGGGGAUGGACCCCCCGGGUGACAUGGUGGGCUUCGUGGCGGCUGAGAGCACUGAGGACCUUAAGGCCCUGAGCAGUGAGGAGGAAGAAGAAAUGGGGGGUGCCGCCCAGGAGCCUGAAAGCCUUCUGCCACCCUCCGUGCUGGACCAGGCCAGUGUCAUUGCGGAGCGGUUUGUUAGCAGCUUCUCUCGGCGGAGCAGCGUGGCACAGGAGGACGGCAAGUCCAGUGGCUUUGGGAGCCCACGGCUGGUCAGCCGGAGCAGCAGCGUGCUCAGCCUGGAGGGCAGUGAGAAGGGCCUGGCGCGGCGUGGCAGUGCCACAGACUCCCUCAGCUGUCAGCUCUCCCCAGAAGUAGACAUCAGUGUUGGGGGGGGCACAGAGGACAGCCCUUCUGUCAAUGGGAUGGAGUCCCCAAGCCCAGGCUGCCCAGUGGAGCCCGACUGGUCUUCCUGCAAGAAGAAGGAAUCAGCGCUCUCCACCCGAGACCGGCUGUUGCUAGACAAGAUUAAGAGCUAUUAUGAAAAUGCAGAACACCACGAUGCGGGCUUCAGUGUCCGUCGCCGGGAGAGCCUCUCCUACAUCCCCAAAGGACUGGUAAGAAACUCUGUCUCCAGAUUCAACAGCCUUCCUCGGCCAGACCCAGAGCCAGUACCUCCAGUGGGGCGCAAGAGACAGGUGGGCUCCCGGCCGACUUCGUGGGCCCUGUUUGAGCUCCCAGGACCAAGCCAGGCAGGCAAAGGGGACCCACCUCCCAUCUCAGAUGCUGAGUUCCGCCCAUCAUCAGAAAUUGUGAAGAUCUGGGAGGGAAUGGAGUCUUCUGGGGGGAGCCCUAGGAAGGGGCCCGGCCAGGGCCAGGCCAAUGGCUUUGACCUGCAUGAGCCACUCUUCAUCCUGGAGGAGCAUGAGCUGGGAGCCAUCACGGAGGAGUCAGCCACUGCCUCCCCGGAAAGCUCCUCUCCCACUGAGGGGCGCAGCCCAGCCCACCUGGCCCGGGAGCUGAAAGAGCUGGUGAAGGAGCUGAGCAGCAGUACCCAGGGGGAGCUGGUGGUCCCACUGCACCCCCGCAUCGUGCAGCUCUCCCAUGUAAUGGACAGCCACGUGAGCGAGCGCGUCAAGAACAAGGUCUACCAGCUGGCCCGCCAGUACAGCCUCCGAAUCAAGAGCAACAAGCCAGUGAUGGCCAGGCCACCACUGCAGUGGGAAAAGGCGGCCCCUGAGAGGAACGAGAAGAGCCCCACUGUGCCCUGUCUACAGGAAGAGGCUGGAGAGCCAUUAGGUGGCAAAGGUAAGAGGAAGCCAGUGCUGUCUCUCUUCGACUACGAGCAGCUGAUGGCCCAGGAGCACAGCCCUCCCAAGCCCUCCUCGGCUAGGGAGACAUCGCCACAGCGUUUCUCCUUCAACCCGUCUGCUGUCAGCCAGAGGACCACCUCGCCUGGGGGCCGGCUCUCUGCCCGGAGCCCCCACAGCCCCACGGAGACCUUCAGCUGGCCUGAUGUCCGAGAGCUCUGCUCCAAGUACGCCUCCCGUGAUGAGGCACGCCGAGCAGGGGGUGGUGGGCCCCGCGGCCCACCCGUCAACAGGAGCCACUCGGUGCCGGAGAACAUGGUGGAGCCGCCUCUGUCGGCCAGGAUGGGCCGCUGCCGCAGCCUGAGCACCAAGAGGGGCCGGGGAGGCGGAGAGGCUGCCCGAUCCCCUGGGCCUCUGCCCCAGAGCAAGCAGGACGGAGGCGAGACCCUGUAUGUCACUGCAGACCUCACCCUUGAGGACAACCGGCGGGUGAUUGUCAUGGAGAAGGGACCCCUUCCCGGCCCCACGGUGGGGCUAGAGGAGAGCAGUGGUCAGGGACCAAGCUCGCCGGGGGCCCUGCUGGGGAAGGGCCAGGACUUCCAGCAGUCUGCAGAGUGUCGGCUGAAGGAAGAGGGUCCCAGGGACCCGGCAGACCCGAGCCAGCAGGGUAGAGUGAGAAACCUCAGAGAGAAGUUCCAGGCCUUGAACUCUGUUGGUUGAUGCUGACUCCUAGGGGAGGGAGGAGUCAUGUUGGAGGUUGGGGAAGAAUCUGGGCAUCCUUCCCCUCAAGCCUGGGCUCAUGGAGCCCCUGCCCAGGGUCCCCUCUGCCCUUCGGGAAGGAUGCUCCCGUGUGCAGGGGUCUCCUGCCUGUGCCAUCCACUGGGGCUCGAGACAACUUCCCACUCACCUGUGAGGCUGGUGUGGCUGCUUCCCUUGUAAAUAGUUCUUUUCUGGUAAGAAGCCAAAUAUCGAAGCUCACCUCUUCCCAGAGAGCAAGCUUUGCUCAGGCCUGCAGCGUUGGCUGGCCAUGGCCACAGCCAGACCGAGGAGCCCACCCCCAGCGAGACUCAGGCAGUGGCCUGGAGAGGCUUUACUCUGUAACUGUGGCUUUUCUUAGGGUCCAGGUAGGAAUGAAGCCGAUAAUUUAUUGCUUUCCAUUCCGUGGUAUGAUGUGCGCGUGCGUGAGUGUGUGGCCUCUGUUUAUUCCCCUCCUGUCAAGAAUGAAGUGGAUGCAGUUCAGGUACUUUUGAGGGUUGUUGCGCUGACCCUGUGGUUGUCGCUGAUGUACACACAUUUCAUUAUUUGCCAAUGGUGCAAUAACCACUGCUGACCAACCCA